AUGCCACAAACCAUAAGGUCUAUACUCGGCAAGUCAGGUCGAAUUACCAAACCUCUAAAGACAUCACCGCCCUCUCGUAAACGUUCUGACACAACCCCGCGAAGACCGACCCUCAAGUCCAAGCAUCAAGACGAAGAUCUAUUCCAUGAUAAACUCGACGACAUAGGCCUGACAAAGGUUUUGGAGGAAGAACUUACAUUACGAGAUGUCGUCCAAGCGAUGCGAUACAUCCGUGCUCGGAUGUACAGUCCCGUGCCUCAAACAGGUUUCAGCUCAACACGAACUACUGAGAUUCUUAACUACCGCGCGACCACGGCACCUCUCGUUACUGUAGGCCAUCUCAAUGCUAUUCUUAGUUCACCAGGAAAAGUUGAACGGGAACUUGCAGAAUUGGCGACAAAUGGCAUAGUGCGGAGAGUGAGAGUUGAGAGACGUGGUGGAGGAGGUGAAGCCUUGAUAGAGAUGACGGACUACAAUGAGAUGCUAGACAAAGCAUCACUACAUGAGGAGACGAGGAAAUCAUUCAGGGCAUUUCUGAAAGAGAACCCAACUACGCAGAUAUUAUAUAAGGGUGCACUGGAAAACACACAGGCCGACGAACUUGUUCGUGCAGGCUUUCUUACAAGCUCAACACCUUCAACACCAGAAAGUACUCUCGAUAUUCGGCCAGAAAACCGAACGACGCUGACAUCGAUUCACCAUGUCUCACGCUUUGCAUCAGGCACAGCCUCUGCCGUGGGCGGCCAUAAUGCCAUUCAUCUUGCUGGCGGCGGUGGAGGCGCCCCAACACUUACACGCUCAUCCUCAACACCAUCUGGCCUCCGAAUAUCAGUCCCAGGUCAUGGCCGACAUUUGAAGCUGGCGACCGCUACCGUGGACUGGGUGCGAGACUCCCUACGGCGAACGCGUUGGGGGGAAGGGCCAGAGAGCUGGUUAAAGGAGCGCUUCGAAGGUGGUGGACUCUAUGGACCGCGGUGGAAGGAGUUCUGGGGAGUUGAAUGGUCCUGGGCCUUAGGAGAAGCCGUAGGGCUAGGCGUUGUGGAAGUCUUUGAGACGGGAAGCGUAGGAAGAGGAGUGAGAGCAUUGGGAGGUUGA